AAAUAAAUAUUUUUAGGCCAUAUUCAAAGACAUUAGCUUCUAGAAAUAUUUUUUUUUUGUAUUUUUCAAGCAACAACAUUCGAAGUUUUCCGCUGAAAAAUAUAUUUUGCUUCGGGUCAGUGGCUUGAAAUUUUAACUGACAACCGACAUCGAGACAACCGACAUCAUGACUGUUACAGAUGUAUGAAUGCAUGAAUUGAUACAUUCUUAUUACAUUACCUACUGCAUAAAUUAGUCACACCCAAGCAUCGUCCUUCAAAGGAGUUCCCAUCAGCUUGAGCUUAUCCAAGUGUUCGUCAUAUUUCAUUCUAAUAAAACAGAAAUUAUCUCAAUGAACAUAUAAAUUAUGCCUAAGAGUGCACCACCACCACCUCCGCCGCCGCCGCCGAUACCACCACCGCCACUACAACCAGCAACAACGUCAUCGUCGACUCCAAAGCAAAAAAGUAACUACACUCGAUUAAGCAGACUUUUAAUCGAUAUUGGGACAAGAGUUUUGAGAGGUCUCUUUGAUUCAUUAGUCUUACAUUUGAAUGGUGAUCUUCGAAAACAUCUCAACUCCACCGCUGUACACAAUAAGCUGAAAACCCUUAAAAAUAAAGGAGUCCUGAGAGUAAAACAAUGGGUAAAGUUAUACCCAACAGCACCAGGAGUSCCAUCGUCGUCUACCUUCGACAUAACAUUGCUCUUCCUUCUCCUACGGAAUACCUGUGGCCUUACUGCACCCACUACAGGUUGGAAUGCUGCCCCACCUCCAGCUGAUAUUAGCAAAGAGGCUGAUCUGAUUCGAGUAAAAGAAUGUCGAAAUGAAAUCACUGGUCAUAGCCCCGAGGCAAAACUCUCCGAUAUCGAAUUCGAGAYUCAGUGGGUUGAAAUURAGSCAGCAUUAUUAAGGCUUGCGCACUCAUAUCGUCAUGUCAGUGAUUAUGGGACACAAAUCGAGCGUCUGAAAGAGAUCGAGUCGAUGGAUCCACUAAAUGAAGCCGACCUAAAUAUUCUUCUUCAAUCGUGGGAAGAAGGCGAAGAAAAGAAAAUGGAAAUCAUCAUCCAAAAACUAAGCAAGAUAUCAAUGCAAUUACUGUCUAAAA